CAAUCAGCCGGCGACAUCACAUUCGCCUCCUCGAAGCCUGAUUUGUCAGGCUUUCGCUUGUUCACAGGAAGUGCACGGGUGUGUUUCCUAGGGGAGGGCCUAAAGCGUCAACGACGAACUUCCCUGGGAGACACCGUGACUGUUCGAACAAACUCAGAAUGGAGCUGCGGCCGCUUGUGAUGUGCUUCGCUCUCUGCGUGGUUUAUGCCACCAGCAAACCAACAGAGAAGAAGGACCGCGUCCACCACGAUGACCCGCUGAGCAACAAGGAGCACGAUGAUGCCGAGAACUUUGACUAUGACCACGAAGCCUUUCUGGGACAAGAAGACGCAAAGACCUUUGACCAACUCACGCCCGAAGAAAGCAAAGAGAGGCUUGGCAUGUUGGUAGAGCGCAUAGAUGAGGAUAAAGAUGGCCUUGUGACCGUUGAGGAGAUGAAGAGGUGGAUUAAACAUGCACAGAAGAGGUGGAUCUAUGACGAUGUGGAUCGUCAGUGGAAGAGCCACGACCUCAAUGGGGAUGGAAUGGUGUCCUGGGAAGAGUACAAGAAUGCUACGUACGGAUAUGUUCUUGAUGACUCUGAUCCUGAAGAUGGCUUCAGCUACAGGCAGAUGAUGGCUCGAGAUGAAAGGAGAUUCAAGAUGGCCGACCUUAACAAAGACACGAAAGCCAACAAGGAGGAGUUCACAGCUUUCCUUCACCCCGAGGAGUAUGAUCACAUGAAGGACAUUGUGGUGCUGGAAACUAUGGAAGACAUUGAUAAGAAUCACGAUGGUUUGAUUGACUUGGAUGAAUAUAUAGGUGACAUGUACAACCAGGAUGGAGACAACACAGAACCCGAGUGGGUGAAGACUGAGAGGGAACAGUUCACAGAAUUCAGAGACAAAAACAAGGACGGAAAGAUGGACAAGGAGGAGACCAGAGACUGGAUCCUACCCAGUGACUACGACCAUGCUGAGGCCGAGGCCAAGCAUCUCGUAUAUGAGUCAGACGCAGACAAAGACGGCCGUCUGACGAAGGAAGAGAUUGUCGAUAAGUACGAUCUAUUCGUCGGCAGCCAGGCGACCGACUUCGGGGAGGCUCUGACUCGACACGACGAGUUCUAACACCAAGCUGCCUCCACAGACUGUGUGCUCAUCUUGUGUUUUCACCACACCGAUGGCUCCUUCCACCCAGCGUUGAAGCGGGAUGAGCUCACCUAAUCCUACGCCACGGACAAUAAUUUAUUUAAUUUCCUGAAUGUGUCUCAUCAUGCACACACUAACAUUCUACACAUAUAAGCUUGGUCAGUGCGUUGCGCUUUCUUGAUUUGCUUGAUUUUGCUGUUUUUUUGUAGAGACUUGGCGAGUAAUAGAUCUUCUUCGCUUUUAUUUGCUGGACUUGCAAUUUUCUACAACCCGUUUAUCCAUUUUUACAAACCACAAAAGUUUAAGUUUAAAGUCUGCAGAAGAGUUUAUUUUUUCGAAUGCACUGGGCUGUAUUAUUUGGCCUAAACUGAGAUACUAAUUUCUAGUUCAGUUGUCCUUCAGAAUUUCACCUUAUUUGAAAACAUGUGGUUAUCUGUAAUGCGGUUGCUUAGAACCAGAACUACACAUUAAAUUCCAGUUGCUGCACCGACCCAUUGGCUUUAGUGCAAUACAACAUUUUAGUGAUUGUAAUUUUUUACUUUCUGGUUCACAUUGACAAACUCUAUACUUUUGUAAUAGAUGAAGGAUUCAAGUUGAAUCUGAGGGACAGUUGGUUCUGGAUUGGAUCACGUUUGCUGUUUUACCUCACAACCUAAAAGAAAACAGGAUGUACUCCUGGCUGAUCCAAUCUGAAACUGGCUUUAUAUAGACUGUUGGUUAAAUCGUCAAAGCUGCUUCCCUUCUUGUUUUUUUUCUUUUUGUUGAUGUUCAUACCCAUUUCAAUUGUGUGCGCAUGUGAGUGUGUGUACAUAUGUUACUUGUAUUUUUGAUGACUGAUUUUGCUGUACUUUUUUAUGUUAGUUUUAUUUGAUUUAGCUGAUUUACUAACUCACUUGUGUGCCAAGCAAAAAUCUUUGAACAGUUAAGGGAAAAAUAUGCUUCCCUCAAAGUUUUCCGUUCUCACAUGUUUGUUAUGUUUAUAUCAUCACUUCUAUAACCACUGGUAAUAACUUCUUUGUUUGCAUCCUUUCUGUGAUGUUUGAGAAUUUGUUCUAUUUUUUACACUGCUCACUGCAGCGACAGGCAAUUGACUUGUGAAUUUACUGAAAAUAAGUCAAUGGCCUGCAAUCUGAGCACUCUAACAAUCAGGUUAAAGUUUUUUGACUGAGAACAAAGUCUCAAUAAAAAACAUAAAAUUGA